GCCCGCCGGGGAGAGAGCCGAGAGGUCGAAGCCGAGGAGCCGCCGAUCGGCCGGGAGCCGGAGCUGCCGGAAACGGACCGAGGUUGGGGGAGAGCCUUCAGGGCUCGGGGCAGAGGCGCCCCCCCUGCCCUGCAGGGUCGCCCAGCCGCCGGCCCCCGCCGCGACCUUCGCCGCCGCCGCCGACUUCUCCUCGAGUUUGCGGACAGCGGGGAUCCGCUCGCCCUCUCGCCCCUCGGCGUUCUCUGCCUCUCGGAGUGGCCAGGUGAGCCUCGGGCCCCGCUAACCCCCUCCAGGCGUCCCCCCUCUGUAGCCGCCGCUACCGCCACUACAGUCGCAGCAGCCGCCGCCGGGCCCGGUCCCCAGCAGCUGUCCGCGCCUUCCCCCUCCAGCCCCGGACACACAUGAGAUUCUUCAGGCUGACUUUCAAGUGUUUUGUCGACUGCUUCUGAGUACCCCCCUCCCGCCCCCUCGAACCUCACAGCCCUUUAUCCUCCCCCCAACCAGGGGACUCCCCAUCCUUUCCCCUUCCCCUUCCCCCUCCCCUUCCCUCUGGAAAACAGUUCCCCCCUCCCCAGAUUCUGGGGGGGCAGCUUCCUUGCUGCUCCCGGAUUUCUGCCCCUGCCCCCAAUUGUUAGGGGCAUCUGCUGUCGACAGUCGGCCGACCCUUUAGAGGGGAUUUGGGGAGACCACCUUGUGCUUCGGAGCACCCGGGGUAUCCGCCUCCUUUAAAGGGGACAGGAGUACCCAGACAGUGUCCUUUGUAUUCAAUCCGUGAUUUCCCUCACACACCCCAAUCCGAGCCCUCUGUCGUAUUACACACACACACAUACACACACACACAUAUAACACACACACACACACACAAACUCACACAUACACAUACACACACACACAGCCCUGCCCUAAUAGCAGGGCCAUGGCGAAGAAGACCUCGGAGAACGGCAUCUACAGCGUGUCCAGGGAAAAGAAGGGCUCCCUUCUUGACCCCGCGGACGGGGCUCCCCCGGUCAAGGCAGAGGUGGUGGCAGCCGGACUGGGGGGCCCGGGCCCGGGCCCGGGCCCGGGCCUGGCCAUCCCACCCCGGGAGACAUGGACCCGCCAGAUGGACUUCAUCAUGUCUUGUGUGGGCUUCGCUGUGGGCCUUGGCAACGUCUGGCGUUUCCCGUACCUGUGCUACAAGAACGGAGGAGGAGUAUUCCUCAUUCCCUAUCUUCUGAUUGCUCUCCUGGGAGGGAUCCCCAUCUUCUUCCUCGAGAUCUCACUGGGCCAGUUUAUGAAAGCUGGCAGCAUCAAUGUUUGGAACAUCUGUCCCCUCUUCAAAGGCCUAGGCUUUGCCUCCAUGGUGAUCGUCUUCUACUGCAACACUUACUACAUUAUGGUGCUGGCCUGGGGUUUCUACUAUCUGGUGAAGUCCUUCACGGCCUCACUGCCUUGGGCCUCCUGCGGGCAUGACUGGAACACUCCGGAGUGUGUGGAGAUCUUCCGCCAGGAGGACUGUGCCAAUGCCAGUGUGGCCAACCUCACCUGUGACCAACUCUCAGAUCAGCGCUCCCCUGUCAUUGACUUCUGGGAAAAGAAAGUGCUUCGCCUGUCUUCGGGUCUGGAGACGCCGGGGGAACUCAACUGGGAGGUGACCCUCUGCCUCCUCGCCUGUUGGGUUUUGGUCUACUUCUGUGUCUGGAAGGGAGUUAAGUCAACCGGAAAGAUUGUUUAUUUCACUGCUACAUUCCCGUACGUCGUCCUCCUCGUCCUGCUGGUGAGGGGAGUCAUGCUGCCAGGAGCAUUGGACGGCAUUAUCUACUAUCUCAAGCCUGAUUGGUCUAAGCUGGGGUCUCCACAGGUGUGGAUCGAUGCUGGCACACAGAUCUUCUUUUCCUAUGCCAUCGGCCUGGGGGCACUGACGGCCCUGGGCAGCUACAAUCGUUUUAACAACAACUGUUACAAGGACGCCAUCAUAUUGGCUCUCAUCAACAGCGGCACCAGCUUCUUUGCAGGCUUUGUGGUGUUUUCCAUCCUGGGCUUCAUGGCCUCUGAACAGGGUGUGCACAUUUCCAAGGUGGCCGAGUCAGGACCAGGACUGGCCUUCAUUGCCUAUCCCCGGGCUGUCACCCUAAUGCCUAUGGCCCCACUCUGGGCUGCUCUCUUCUUCUUCAUGUUACUGCUGCUUGGCCUGGAUAGCCAGUUUGUAGGGGUAGAAGGAUUCAUUACUGGCCUCUUGGAUCUCCUCCCGGCCUCCUACUACUUUCGUUUCCAUCGAGAGAUCUCUGUAGCUCUGUGCUGUGUAGUCUGCUUCAUCAUUGACCUUUCCAUGGUUACUGAAGGCGGCAUGUACGUCUUCCAGUUGUUUGACUACUACUCGGCCAGCGGUAUGACUUUGCUGUGGCAGGCUUUCUGGGAGUGUGCAGUGGUUGCCUGGGUUUAUGGUGCUGACCGGUUCAUGGACGAUGUUGCCUGUAUGAUCGGCUACCGGCCUUCCCCUUGGAUGAAAUGGUGCUGGUCCUUCUUCACCCCACUGGUCUGCAUGGGCAUCUUCACCUUCAAUGUGGCGUAUUACAAGCCACUUGUAUACAACAACACCUACGUGUACCCAUGGUGGGGUGAAGCAGUGGGCUGGUGCUUUGCCUUCUCCUCCAUGCUAUGUGUUCCGCUUUACCUACUCUACCACCUCCUCGGGGCCAAGGGGACAUUCAUAGAGCGUUGGCGAGACCUGACCCAGCCCGUGUGGGGUCUCCAUCACUUGGAGUACAAGGCUCAGGACUCUGAUGUCAGGGGUCUGACCACCCUGACCCCAGUGUCCGAGAGCAGCAAGGUCAUCGUGGUGGAGAGCGUCAUGUGACCUGCCGUGAAGGGGUGGGACAGAAAGGGGUGCCCAAAGUGCCCAAAGCCAAUGGGAGAGACCGACGAGCUCUCCCUCUCCUUUGCCUACCCACCCCACCAGCCUCCCUUCUUUUAGCCAUAGUAAAACCCCCUCACUCCUUUCAACCCCCCUCACUGAGACCCUGGGGAGGGGAAGCCUUUUCUGUAUGAUAUUGCUAGAGGGGACCCGGGUCAGGCUGGGGCCAUGGUGUAUGAGUGCUUGAGUUGAACUGGUUUUCUUUUUUAAAUAAAACACCAAAAAAAAUAAAAUUUUCAACACCCACCAAAAUCAAGACCCCAUCCCCACCCAUGGCAUUAGUGGGAACAUUGCCCCACCUCCCCAAGCUGGAGGAGCUUUUUGACGGAUGGGACUUUUCUCCUCACCUGGCUUGUUCCAGCCACUCUGUGUGCCAGCUGCAGCUUUGUUUUUGUACUCUGCUAAAGUAAAAACGAUUUGAGUUUCUUUCCCCACCUCCCCGAUCAUCGAGCUUGUUAGGUGUUUUCUGGCCCCUGACCCUCAAGACCAAAUUGCUGACAACCCCGUGUGUUCGUGUGUGCGCGUGUGCGUGCGCGUGUAUGUAUCUGUCCCUCCCGCCCGCUCUCGUGUGCUCGUGGUGUGUGUACAUAUAUACAGUGGCUAUAUAUAGAUAUAUAUACAGUAUAUAGAUAUAUACAAUACAUAUAUAUAUACACACAUAUAUAUAUAUACGGUAUAUAGAUAUAUAUGGAAUCAAGAAUACCAGGUGUAAAUUAUGCCUGAGGGCAAAGAAGACUUGUAUUUUGCACAUUUUGUAAAAACUCUAAGAAGAGUGAUUUCUGCCUGUAUAUUUCUAAAAACAGAAACGACCCUCCUCCACCCCCAAGAGUCUGAUAGAGAUCUAAUUUUGUUAGAAAAAAAAAAAAAAGCUGGAAAAAAAGCCUCCAAUCCUAGUCCCUCUUUAGUCACUCCUAACCAACGUGAGUGGUCAGGUCAGAAUCUGCCCAGCAAUGUUGCCUGGGUGGCCAGUAUUCUAUUGACAGACCAGCCUGGUUCACACUCAUUGACCCCCAUCCCAGGAAGAGGCACUGCCCGUGUCUCCCUCUCUUUUCCGUCUGCUAUUUCGGUCCUCCACAUAGAAGCUUUAAUCCGCCUUGUGUCAAAAAGAAAAAAAAAACAAAAACAAAAACAAAACCCCAACAAAAAAAAAAAUCCUGACAGCCAAAAUGGGUCCCACAGACACCCACAGGUCUUGGGGGAGGGGGGGUGCGCCCUGGGAUAUUGUGACUGCUAAAAAGCCACCUGCAAACAUAGCAAUAAAGACAUGUCAUUUUUCAAA